AUGAUUGUACACUUUUUCACAGGAUUGGAUCCAGCUCGACCCCUGGUCUCUGAAUAUGGUUCAAGAGAGUUCCGCCUUAGUCGUGAUGACGCAAACGUGGUCCAGGUAGUCCACACAAAUGCUGGUUUUCUGGGAGAGAGUGGUCAAAUUGGCCAUGUCGAUUUCUGUGUGAAUGGUGGCAGGCUACAACCCGGAUGCAAGGGCCAUGUGAUGCGUGUAGCAAGAUGUAGUCAUUUCAUGAGUUCCUGUUACUUUGCGGCUAGUAUACGCAGGCGUGUUAAUAUGAUGGGAGUGCCUUGCGACUCUUCCUGUCCGAAGCAGGGUACAUCGCUGCUGGUGGCCGAUGCAAAACCGUUACGCCUUGGAGAUGAUAUACCACCCACAUCGAGAGGAAUGUAUUGCGUUCAAUUAGAUCAUGAUGAGAGUUGUCCUUUUGAUUAA